AUGGCCGAGAACCAGAUUUCCGCUCAAUCCACCUCCACCUCCAGCUCCAUCUCACCUGAACAAACUUCCAUCAGCGAUACAGUCAAAUCCUAUUCCUCGGAUUUACAGGAGCUGAAGAAGAUUGUGGAGACGAGCACUCAGAUAGUUACCGCUGAGAAUAUGAAGGAGACAACAUUGGAAGAGAUCGUGCUUUUAGCAUCGUUCCUUUACCGCUCCGAUUCGUUAAAGGUCGCUGAUCAGCAAAUACAGGACACAUUAAAGGAUUUUCUGUUAAGGUUGAUCGAGAAAGAGCAAAGUGACAUGGAGAAAACAGACGAAUAUCAAUCGCCUCCUAAUCAGCCAAUCCCACAAACACAUCGACCUCAUCAGCAAUUACCGCAACCUGAAGGACAUCAACCAACCCAGCUAAUAUGUCCGCCAUCUCAAGAGGUAUUUUGGCAGCCUCCAGUAUUUAAACGUCCUAAACAAGGAAGUCUUCGACUACCUCGCUCAAAAGGUCGGAAUGUUGCCCAAAAAUAUCAAGCACCUCGAACUAGAAGUCAAACACUUCGGUCGGAAGAUUAG